AGGCUAGCAUAAAAAAUCAGAAAAAUAAACCUGGAACAAUGGCGGACGAUACCACAACCAACAGCAUCGGAGAAAUCGAAGAAGAAACCCCUUUAAUAUCGACCCAGACCCCAGACCCGAGUCCGUUAAGAACUCGAUCUGUAAGCACGAAGGUGCCCGAGGCGGAGGUGCACGUAUAUCGGCAAGGGAAGGGCCCGAUCGAGGUGUUUAAGACUGACCUCGGCGGGUGGGACCAGGAUCAGCUGGAGAUCCGAGAUAUUCUCAACAAAUAUGGGUUCAAGAUGGCUUACGCGUUCAAUCCUGGGUCGGGCCGAGGCAUGCCCAUCCGGUUCAACCCCCGUAAUGGCCGAUCCUUGAUCACUUACAGUGACGGUGCGGUUGUUCACAUUGACGGCGAGCCCAAGGAUUCUCUUCUCAAGCCUAUUACGAAGAUAUUGUUAGGCGUAGCCGUAAUGACCUUCAUGAUUAUAUUGGUUAUGAAGGAGACUCCGGAAUGGAUGAAAAAACUCAACUUCUCGGGAGGUAGCUUCCCUCCAUGGAUCCUGGCAUGUGUGGUAAUUGUUUUCACUCGAAUGAGGAAGAGAACUAGGAGUUUUCUGGAGAAACAUCUUCGAUGAGCCUUUAACUCGAAUUUAUGUAAAACUUUUCCAACUUCUCAAGAUUUUAAUUUGCUAUGAUCUUUUUGUUGGUGUAACUCAUCAAUUACAAGUGAGAUUUUAUGCUUAUCGAAUGAUUUUGUUGGUGUUUUUGGCUUCCA